GUACCUUCUAUCAAGAAACAAGGUACAAGAGGAACUAUAAGCAGGCUGAAGACCUAGCCGCUUUUUUAAGAAUCUUGAUUUAGGGUGAAUUGAGUUUUGUUCCAACUACAAGAAACCAAAGAAACAUGGGAUUCUCAAGCGUUGCCGUCGUCCUCACCCUCUGCCUCCUGGUCGCAGCGAACGGCUCCAGGGUCAUCAAAACCCUCAGCGUCGGGGCUCCAAUCACGGGGGCUCACCUGAAUCCUCUAGGAGCCAUCGUCAACACCCAAGUGCACAAAACGGUGAAGACAACCACCUUACAGCACGGCGGGCUGGCUGGACAUCUGGGUCACGCAGCUCCAAUUUACGGACCAUACGGUGGAGCCGGGUUGGGAGCUGGGUAUGGCGCUUAUGGCGCUAUCAGCCCUUACGGAAUUGGGUACAACAACCAGGCCUUACUCGGGGGGUACGGACUCUACGGGGGAUACGGAGGGUACCCUUCAAAAUACGGAGGGUAUCAGAACGUGGGAUUGUAUCCUUCCAAAUAUCAGAAGGGCUACUACAGCGGAGGCCAUUUAGGAGCAUCUUCUAAGCACUACGGGUAUCCGCAAGUAGGGGGUGCUUACGGAGCUAAAGGGUUGUACAACGCUGGCGUUGCUGUUCUUCCCGGGGCGUAUCACGGUAGCAAGUCAUACGGAUACGGGGUUGGUGGUGGUUACGUUAAUCCGUUGGCCUAUCAAACGGGUAUCACACAGAUCAGCUACAACCACGGGUAUCCUGGGUACGGAGGGAUCAACAAGCUGAGAGGGUACGGAAAGUAAGCACAUCUCAAACUGCUGAUGAAUUUUCAGGGGUUGAUGGGAAUAUCAAAAUGGAAGAGGUUACUGACAUAGGUUAAAAAAACAACAACAACUGUAGAAGUUCGAAAAAAUAUCUCUACUUUUUGUAACAUUUUGAUAUCAAAAGUAUAAGUUCGGGAAAUGUAAACUAAAUCAGUCAAUAUCUUUCAUAAUAAUAAAUAAAAUCCUUUAACAAAAUAUGAUCCUUUAACGAACUUCAUGAUCUUCUGCUUCCUUUUGGCAUUCCUCUUUAUACUCCUUCUGUCCCAGUCAUUCCAAUCUAAAAAAGAAAAAAAAAGAGAAAAAAAAUGGAAAACCCGUAGGUACAAAGCCACGUCCCUCCCCAAUCGUCUAAGAAACACUCGCAUAUGAAAGCACAUAUUGGUUAUUUCUUACAGACUUAUGGCAUAUUUGAUUUCACUUUAGGACAGAACGCAAGUAUAUUGCACGCUCUUGUAUUUUCCCUCUGAUUGCACGGAAAGAUUCGUUUUACUAUGAUAUUGUAAUAUUGGAACACUUGAGAUUUCCUUUGUCCAUCCAUUUCGAUUUUCUAUAUAACAUACCGAUAUAUUUUACAGAAUGAAUUUUUCUGAAAUAACGUAUAUUCUUUGUAUUGAAAUAAAUAGUUCCAGCCUAAGAAAACUUUA